AUGCUGUUCAUCAAGGGCCUGCUCUCCGUCGCUUUAUCCGUAACGCGCACUCUGGUGCCUUCAGAGCGCAUCGUCGCGGAGCAUGCGAUGAAGAAAUACGUGCUGACCUGCGGAUUGCGCAAUGCCACGUUCCUGAACGAGCCCGGCCAUGGUCCCUCUCAGGGCGUCAUCGGCCAUUACUGCAAUGCGCUGGGGAAAAUUCCUCGUGAAGAUACAAACUUCAAGGAUACUUACGGAGACCGUUUCCACCGUUACUAG